UCUGCAACUUGCUCUAGUACUCCGAUCCCAUCAUGAGCGUCAAGGCGAACCCCGGCGACAAGGUCGUCCUGGCCUACAGCGGCGGCCUCGACACGUCCAUCAUCCUCAAGUGGCUCGUCAACAAGGGCUUCCAGGUCGUCUGCUACUGCGCCAACGUCGGCCAGUUUGGCGAAAACUUUGAAAAGGUCCAGGCCAAGGCCAUGGCGCUUGGCGCCGCCAAGGUCUACAUCGAGGACCUCCGCAAGGAGUUUGUCGUCGACUACCUCUGGCCCGCGGUCCAGGCCAACGCCAUCUACGAGUCGCGCUACCUCCUCGGCACAUCGCUCGCGCGCCCGGUCAUUGCCAAGAAGAUGGUCGAGAUCGCCGAGAAGGAAGGCUGCAAGUACGUGGCGCACGGCGCGACGGGCAAGGGCAACGACCAAGUGCGCUUUGAGCUCUGCGCGCAGGCGCUCAACGCGAGCCUCAAGACGAUCGCGCCGUGGCGCGACCCCGAGUUCAUCGAGGCCUUCAAGGGCCGCCAGGACCUUCUCGCGUACGCCAAGGCGCACAACAUUCCGGUCGACGCGACGCCCAAGGCGCCGUACUCGGUCGACGAAAACUUGUACCACACGUCGUACGAGUCGGGCAUGCUCGAGGACCCGAUGACGGGUCCGCUCCCCGAGAUGUUCAAGAUGACGGUCGACCCCAAGGUGGCGCCGGACGCGGCCGAGAAGAUCCGCAUCACGUUCGAGAACGGCGUGCCGGUCAAGGUGGCCAACCUCACGACGCCGUCGUCGCCCGUGCUCACGGACCCGCUCGAGCUCUUUCUCGAGCUCAACCGUCUCGGCGGCAAGCACGGCGUCGGCCGCAUCGACAUUGUCGAGAACCGGUUCGUCGGCAUCAAGAGCCGCGGCGUGUACGAGACGCCGGGCGGCACCAUCCUCCGCGACGCGCACCUGGACCUCGAGGGUCUCUGCAUGGACCGCGAGGUCAUGAAGCUCCGCGAUGCGCUCAGCGUCAAGUUUGCCGAGUUUUGCUACAACGGCUUUUGGUUUGCGCCCGAGAUGGACUUUGUGCGGCACGCGAUUGCGUUUUCGCAAAAGGCGAUCGCGGGCCACGUCGACGUCGAGCUCUACAAGGGCAACGUCACGAUCACGGGCCGCUACUCGGACGUCGCGCUCUACUCGGCCGACCUCGCCAGCAUGGACAUGGAAGGCGGCGGCGCCAACAUCGAGUACAACCCGAGCGACGCGCAAGGCUUCAUUCGCAUCAACGCGACGCGGCUCAAGGCGUACAACUGCAUCCAGAAAAAGUCGGCGUAAGCGAUCAACACUGUGUCUAUUGCGUG